AUCGCAGUUCGUCAUCAUCCGUCACUGAAUUAUUUUAUUUUUGCCAUCAUCAGUGAUUCGUGGUUUAGGUAGGUGCUAAAAAGUUUUGUUUAUAACAUACCCAGUCUAAUUAAAAAGUAGUUUAUUUUUGGACGGAAGCGCGUUGUGUACAUUGCAUUUCGAGUUUGGAAGUUUUGCAGUACGUAAACUGAAUAAGUGGCUACGACAAAAGGUGGUUUUGAGGUAUUUGGGAGGAUCCUUUUCCUGACUGACCUUCAACAGCAGCACCAAAAACAGAGGAAACAACAAAGAAAACUUGGAAGACGUUCAACCCUACUAGAGUGCCAAAGAAGCAACGACGCAAGACGCACAAAAUCAAAAAAAACAAUACGGGAUAAACUAGUGCGGAGUCUGCUGGUACUGGAAUGCCGAAAUUGUACGACGAUGACGAAGCGCGAAGGCCAAUCCUCCAGCCGGAUACGGACAGCGAGGAACCGCCGGCGACGGGAUCGAGAAUUCUCCGCCAAAGCGACGACGAUGAGCUGAGCCAGGGAAGGACCGGGUGUGGGACCAGCGCUUGCUGUAACCCUAGCUCCGCCCUGCACCGGUUUAUGGCGCUUAUUCUGAUGUGCCUAGUGGGAUUCGGUUCAUACUUUUGCUAUGAUAACCCGGGAGCUCUACAGGACAAGUUCAAAUCCGAUCUGGAUCUUUCGACGUCGCAGUUCGUGUGGCUGUACUCGAUUUACUCGUGGCCCAAUGUGAUCCUGUGCUUCAUCGGAGGAUUCCUUAUCGAUCGGGUGUUCGGCAUCCGGCUGGGAACCAUCAUCUACAUGUUCAUCCUGUUGAUCGGCCAGCUGAUCUUCGCCACCGGUGGACUGAUAAACCAGUUUUGGUUGAUGAUUUUGGGACGGUUCCUGUUUGGUAUUGGCGCAGAAUCGUUGGCCGUGGCACAGAAUAACUACGCCGUUUUGUGGUUCAAGGGAAAGGAACUGAACAUGGUCUUUGGCCUGCAGCUUUCGUUCGCACGUGUCGGCAGUACCGUGAACUUCCUGGUCAUGGUUCCGGUCUACAACUAUGUCCGGAACAUGGGCUACGAGGGUCACCAGUGCAUGGGCGUAGUUCUGCUGAUAGCCACUCUGACUUGUGUCAUGUCGAUGCUUUGUGCUCUGGUUCUUGGCUGGAUGGACAAACGAGCAGCUCGGAUUCUCAAGCGGAACGAUAAUCCACCCAACGGCGAAGUGGCCAAGCUGUCCGACAUCGGAACCUUCAAGAUCACCUUCUGGAUGGUGACGAUCAUCUGCGUGGCAUAUUACGUGGCAAUUUUCCCUUUCAUUGCGCUGGGAAAAGUGUUCUUCAUGCGAAAGUUCGGUUUCACCCCGGAAGAUGCCAACACCGUUAAUUCGAUCGUGUACAUUGUGGCCGGAGUUGCGAGUCCGAUCUUUGGAUUGAUCGUUGAUCGAACCGGAAGAAAUGUGCUGUGGGUGUUCCUGUCGAUUGUGGUCACAAUGGUGGCACAUGGUUUGCUGGCUUUCACUUUCUACAAUCCGUACAUUGCCAUGAUCACAAUGGGCAUGGCGUAUUCAAUGUUGGCCAGUAGUCUGUGGCCCCUAGUGGCCCUGAUCGUCCCCGAAUAUCAACUGGGAACGGCCUAUGGAAUCUGCCAAUCAGUACAAAACCUUGGACUGGCCGUUAUUUCCAUGUUCUCAGGCUUGAUUGUCGACGAAGGUGGUUACUUCAUGCUGGAAAUUUUCUUCAUCGGUUGGCUAGUUGUUUCCCUGAUAGCAACCAUCGUCAUCUGGCUGUACAAUUCCAACAACAACGGAGUGCUAAAUAUGUCGCCGGCGGAGCGCGAACUACACGCCAGUAAACUCCUAAUCGAAGAGGACAACAAAACGCUGGAGGGAGUUCAACCGGUUAGUUCGGAAGGUUCGCUGAAUGCCGACCAGCAGCACCAAGGAGAGUCGGAGCACCUGGUACAGCAUCCGGUGGCCCCGGAAUCGAUCCGAAAUCGGUACGUGAGCCGAGUGUUGGACGGGGUCAAUCAGAGCGAUUCGGAACCGCUGAUCGAGUAGAACCCGACAGGGAAUAGUAUUAGAGCUAUGUGUAGUGAUUGAGAAAGGGGGAAAAAAGUUUAUCUAUGUUCGUUAUAUUUUUUUAGGAUUAGACAAAGUUUUGCGUUAAUCGUGUAUAUGUAGGUAUUCUCUGUUCGCAUGUAUUUCGGAAAAGUUUGCUUCCAGCACAAGUUCUGUAUAGGCGCAGGAGUCGGUUCGUGAACGGAUUUUGCUAGAGUAUAAAAUAGGGCAUGCAGGUAAGAGACGUUAUACAAUCGAUAACAUCAUGUCAGAAAGUAUUCCAAGAAGUGAUGGUAGGUACGAAGAAUCUGCGAAGUGUAUAUUUUUUUAUGAAUGGUGAUUUUUAUUAGUAAAAAUAUUAAGCAACACAAAGGAAAGACUUUACAACACAAAUUAAGAAAGUUAUGAACAUGCAUGAUACCAAUGUGUCUCGAUGUUAACUAAUUAUUAGGUAUGAAAAAGUUUCAUGCUAAACGAGUGCAUUUGAAAGACUUAUUCCACAGGUCAGUGAGUGUUUGCAAGUGUGUUGAGUAUAAAUAUGGUUAUUCAUAUUCUAAACUAUUGUAAAAUCAAUCGUUGAAUGUAAUGCAAAGCAUGUUUCACUGUAGAAAAAAAAGGUUGGUGAAAACAAAAAGCAAACAGAAAUUUCCCACUUACACAUAUCUCACUGAAAAGGUAAAACAACUAAUAAACUUAGCUAAAUCAAACAGAAUAUGCCUAUGAUGAAAUAUUGAACUGAUUGCCAAAUUUUAUCGUUUAUCAGAGGGGGAAAGAAAUGUUGAAUUUAACUGUAAAGUCACUCGAAAGAAGAACACCACUCAGUUCUAUUUGAGGUUUCAAUCAAAAGCUAGUAAAUUCCGAAAUUUGAAAUGACUUUUUUUGAAAGUUUGGUAAGGCCGUGUCGAAGGUUUGUAAAAUACAAAAAAAAACUUUUCCUAGUAUAGUAUUCGAGAUUUACAGGCUUUUGAUAGAAACUGAGCAUGAAUUAGGAACUGAAUGAUUUUUGCUGUAUUGUGUAUUACCAGAACAUAUAACAUAUACUGUAUCUCAAACAAUGGAUGUGAAAUCUAAAUUCAAGCAAACAA